AUAAUAAUGUAAACUUCAAAUUUUCCGCUUAGUAAUUGUAAUUUGGUACUCGUAAGUUGUAAGAUACUACGAUUUCAUAUUUCUUACUAGAAUAUUUGAAGUUUACUGAAGAGUGAAGAGUCAUUUGUUGUCAAAUAUGGCUACCGAAAGAUACAGCUUUUCGUUGACCACAUUCAGUCCUUCGGGUAAACUUGUUCAGAUUGAAUAUGCGUUAGCGGCAGUGUCGGCUGGUGCAGCAUCAGUCGGUAUUAAAGCUUCAAAUGGUGUUGUAGUUGCUACAGAAAACAAGCGUAAAUCUCUUUUAUACGAAACAACAGUAGAAAAAGUGCAAAAAAUUACACCCAACAUCGGAAUGGUUUACAGUGGUAUGGGACCAGAUUAUAGACUUCUUGUUAGAAAAGCAAGAAAAGAAGCAGCACAGUACCAAUUGAAAUUCGAAGAAGAAAUACCUACAGCUUUACUGGUACAAGAAGUUGCUAGUGUUAUGCAAGAAUAUACACAAUCUGGGGGUGUAAGACCUUUUGGUGUGUCAUUGUUGGUAUGCGGCUGGGAUAAAACUGGCCCCAAACUUUAUCAGUGUGAUCCAUCUGGCGCAUUUUUCGCAUGGAAGGCCACAGCUUUGGGAAAAAAUUACGUUAACAGCAAACAGUUUUUAGAAAAAAGGUAUAAAGAAGACUUAGAGUUGGAAGAUGCUAUUCAUACAGCAAUUUUAGCAUUAAAAGAAGGUUUUGAAGGACAAAUGACUGCAGACAAUAUUGAGGUUGGCGUUUGUCGUAAGAAUAGACACAAUGAAAUCAUUUUUGAAAAGCUUGACCAACAACAAGUGGCUGAUUAUUUAGCUAAUAUACCAAACUAAGUUUAUGAAUAAUGUAUUUGUAAAUGAGUACCAACUAAAUAUUUAAUGUGUUGGAGUUAACAGCUCUUGAAUAAUAUGAGAGAGUAUUGUCAUCUCAUUAAAUUUUAUAAACGAGUUUAUUAAUGAAACAUAACUAAUUUUUCAAAGUAAAGGCAUAUGGUAUUUUGUAAGUACUGUUUUCAAUUUAUUACCUUUCAUGUAUUGGUUUUUGAACAUUAUUUUCAUUAGUUUUACAUUUUUUAUUUAAAUAAUAUUAUUAUGCUACCAACUAAUAAAAAUACAUUUUUCAAAAUUGUUAUUUAAAGUUUAUAUUACAUUUGAAUUUUCAGUUUAUUAUUGACACAUUUUUGAAGUGAUAAAUUAUAAAUAUUGAAUUGGUAGGUAAUUGGUUGAUUCAAUUAAAAAGUUCAUCAGAACAUCAGUAAUAAUAAACAUAAUUGCGUGUAAUUUGUUUAUGUAAACAAUAUUUCAUGGUAAAAAUAAACAACUAAAUAUUGUUAAU